UGGCCACCCUUUUGAGUGCCCUUCAGCAGCCGACCGACCGACCGACCGGCCUACCGGCCAGCAGAGCGCCGCCAACAAGCCGCCCAAGCCUAGGUCAAUAGUGAAUCUAGUGGGAACGACGUGCGUGGCGGCAGCGGCAGAGUGUGAGCUGUGUGAGAGGGGGUGCUUGUGUGGUGCGGUUCAUCAUCAAUGAUUCAAUGAUUGGUCCCCACGCUUCAAUCCUCCCGCGCCCCUCGCCCAAUCGUGGGGUGCGCGCUGGCGGUGCCGAUCAUCUAAUACAUUGAUGGUGCUGGUGUGUGGACGAUCUCGCGGUCUCGAUCCGUUACCACCGUCCACUGGCCGUUCCGCGUCGCUCUCGCUCACUCGCUAGUUAGUAAUAGUAGCCCAAAGGCGCACCGUCAGCGCAGCGCCCGGUGUGGUGGUCGCGAUUUUGUUGACGUCGUUGUUGUCGCUUGGCAAUCGCGUUGUUAAAGUGUUGUUGGCAAAUGGACGCUAAUCGAUCCCUAGAGCAGCAGUACCAGAAUAUCGAAGCAAUUAGAAGCAAAUAGUGAGCAAUAACGAGGGAGUGGAAAUCGCGAGUGUGUGUGCGCGUGUGUGUGGUGAACAGAAGAAGAGAAACGAGGAGAAGAGUGGCUUGCUAUGUUCGCCUCCCGGUGGUGCGUUACGCGGCGUUACGCGAGUGCAAAUCGUAGCAUCCAUGUACCAAGCAGCAGCAGCAGCACACUAGUCCGUUAAUGCACCCGACAGCAAGCAACAGCAGCAGCAGCAAGCAAACCGGUGUCGGCGAGGCUCUGCACCACACAACCAGAAGAAGGAGAGCGUGUUAGUUUGUGAAAUCUCCAGAAAGUGAGUCCCCGGUAGUGUGCUAAUCAAAACAAUCUCGCACAGCCACAGAACUGAUGCGGUAGGAUUGAUUGUAGCAGCAGCAGCAAAACCGUACAAACCGCCGUGCUCCAGGAAAGUCAAUAGCAACAGUAGUAGCAACGGUUCGAGUAACAGACACGAGAGUGACUUAUGUAAGAUGGUUUACUACUCCGGUCUUCCGCUGCUAAUGACGCAGCAGCAACAACAGCAAUCAAAUGGACCUCAUGAUGGUGCCGGUGGUCAGCUACUAAACUACAGCGACUCGAAUGGUAGUACCAGCACCGAGCAGCAGCAGCUCGUAUAUCAUCGUGCUGGCAGUGGUUCACCUUCCUCGUACCAACAGCACGCGAUCAGCUUAAGCAACGGUCUCACGAUCAGUAAUGGUGGUGGCCACCAGCCGGCCAAUCAUCAGCAUCAUCACCUCCACCAAGGCCAGCUGACGAUCGUACUCAACCAACCGGUGGCGACAGGUUCACCAUCGGCUGCAACACAUCAUCAUCAACAACAACAGUCACAGCCCAGCAUCACCAAUCUGAGUUCGGUGGCGACCAGCAGCUACCAGCAGGACGCAGCACCGGUCGGUAACAGCAUAAUGCCAGCGCAACAGCAACCACAGACGACACACUCCAAGUUCCGGUGCGAACAGUGUAACAUCAACUUUGGCAGCAAGAGUGCACACACGAGCCACAUGAAAUCUCACGCCAAACAGCAGGCGGCUGCAUCGGAGAAGCAGGCAGCAGCGGCAGCAGCAGCAGCAACGAUCAAGCAGCUGGACGGUGGUGGGAUGCUACAACCAGGAUCACCACCUCAGUCGCAGCAACCGGGACAGACGGGUGCCGGUCAGGAUCCGUACCAGUGUGAUGUGUGCAAGAAGACGUUUGCCGUGCCGGCCCGUUUGGUGCGGCACUAUCGCACCCACACCGGGGAGCGGCCAUUCGAGUGCGAGUUUUGUCACAAGAUGUUUAGCGUGAAGGAGAAUCUGCAGGUACACCGGCGAAUCCAUACCAAGGAGCGACCGUACAAGUGUGAGAUCUGUGGCCGAGCGUUCGAGCACAGCGGCAAGCUGCACCGGCAUAUGCGGAUCCACACCGGGGAACGGCCGCACAAGUGCAACGUGUGCGGUAAAACCUUCAUCCAGUCCGGCCAGCUCGUCAUCCACAUGCGCACUCACACCGGCGAGAAGCCGUACAAAUGUCCGGAGCAGGGCUGCGGCAAGGGCUUCACCUGCAGCAAGCAACUGAAGGUACACUCGCGGACACACACCGGCGAGAAGCCGUACCAUUGUGAUAUCUGCUUCCGGGACUUUGGCUACAACCACGUGCUGAAGCUGCACCGCGUUCAGCACUACGGUGCCAAGUGCUACAAGUGCACGAUCUGUGAGGAAACGUUCAAGAGCAAGAAGGAGAUGGAGGCGCACAUCAAGGGGCACGCAAAUGAGCUGCCGGAUGAUGAGGAAGGUGGCGAGAUGAAGACGGAAGGGGCCUCGAACGGGAGUGAUGAGCGAGGAGCCACAGCGGAGAGCAUCGGGAGCAGUAGCAGCAGCAGCAGCACGUUCGAGUACUCCUCGAGCCAAAGCAGCACCGAGGAGACGGACGCCAAAGCGCUGUCGAGCGAUGAGGCAGUUCGAACGAAGAAGAACCGUGAUCCUGCAGCAGGUGCUGCUGCUGCUGCUGCUGAUGAGGAUGACGAUGAUGAGGAUGAAGACGAGGAUGGUGUUGUUCGGCAAAGCGCCAUCGAGGAGGAUGAUGAAGAGGAGGACGAUGAUGAGGAAGACGAGGAGAUGGCGACGGAGCAGGUGGAGAGCAAGUUUUCCGAACGCAUCCUAUCGUCAUUGGCCGGGGCGUCCGCUGCUACUGGUGCUGGUCACUACCACCUCGAACAGCAGCAAUCCACACCAGCACCACCGGGAUCGUCCUCGCUGACCAUCACACCGAGAGUGAUCGGUGGUGUUGAUCCGGCCCUGUUGGCAGCGGCCUCGAUAGCGUCCGCGGCCGUAGAGAGUGGGCAAGAGGAAGAUCUGAAACUGCAGCAAUCGAGAUCGAUCUCGCCCGUGAUUCAACGAUCGAUAGUACACUCGAUCAACCGGAUCACACCACCACCGUCUUCUGGUUCGUCGUCGGGAUCCUCCUCCUCAUCCGCGUCGCUACCGUCGGAACCGCUCCUCGUGGGUUCUACUAUUAACGGUGCCAGCGGUGGUGGUACUACACCGUACACGUACGAACCGAUGGCUAUCAUGAAGCAUCACGGAUACUUUGCACCCGCCUCGCAGGUUACCGAGUUCCGGUCAUCUAGCGAUAUCGUGCGGCAGGUGGAGGCGGCCAUUGCCGGUACGGAGAAUCUGUUGACACCGCCCCGCUCCUCACCGGAAUCUCCCGAUCGCUCGUCAUCACCCGAGUCCGAUUCAGUAUUAAUGGCCGAGCGGGACAACAACACAUUGCCGCCGCGCAAACGGAAGCUCUACUUUAAGGACACGCAGCUGGCAACGGCAGUCCCCCCGAAGGUCCCAUCGCUGGUAGCACCGUCGCAACAGUACGCCAUCUCACACCAGCAGCAGCAACAGACGCCCCAUUCCGCCCAGCAGCAGCAGCAGCAGCAGCAACCAUCACAAUUGUAUGCGCAACCGGAGCAACAGCACUAUCAUCAUCAUCAUCACGCUGAGCAACAACAGGCCUCAAUAGCUGUAUCACAACCGCAACAACCAGCACCAGCACCGCCGCCGUCCGUCAUACGCAUGAGCUCCGUCAUCCAGUACGCUAAUAAGUCAUCCUAGACGAGUGGAGCGCCGCGCUCAUAUUCGCAGACUGGUAUCGGUGCACGAUGUGCGUGCAGCAUCGCGCGGUGUACUGUAGAAGAACAAGACUGUCCCAGCCGGUAGUUCGUAGUGAAAAAAAGCCCAGAAACCUCAUUACUCGUAAACAAGCGAACCCUCUAGCAAGUUAAGUAGCUGCUGCAUCACGUACGAUCGAUCCUUGUCGAGGCGGAAACUGCAUGCUGCAUGUUUCACGGUAAGCCUGGUGGUAGAGAAGUUUGGGAGGGUGAGAGACCGAGAGCGAGAGAGAGAACGAGAGAGAGUGAAAAGAGGCGAAGACGGAAGGUGGUAGUAGAGAGGAUGGAAUCGUUUAAGACUGUUGAUCAUUGUCAAAUGUUUUGCUAAUCGUGGAAGAGAGUUCACCAUCCUCCCUACUACGCCUAGCCAUCGGGAGCGAGAGAGAGAGAGCAAAUGGGAGGGAGUAGUGCACUGUGGUGGAGACGGCAGGGGGUUCGUAGGUGACGUUAGAUAAAAUUUACAUUCAUUACGCUAUAAUUAUAUAUCUAUAUACAUAUAUAUAUAGUUAUAUACAUACCUACCUAAUCCCUAAGAUAUAUACAAUCGCACGCAGCACUUGUGUGUAGGUUGCUGCGUGCGUGUGUUUUGUGUUUGUGUACUGUGUACUCCGCUUUAAACGGUGGCCAUUUCUGAGCAAAAUAAGAAAAAGGAUAAAAUGGACGAAAAGACUAGCCAUGUAGCUUGUGUGUACAGCUUAGUUAGGGCGUAAUGUCGACUGGUAAUGUGUGUGUGUGAGUGUGUGUGUGUGUGUUGGUAUAGAGAGAAAGAGAAAAAGGGAAGAGGAGAGUGAGUCAAGAGGGGGGGAAGGGAACAUGUAUCCUGAAGCGACGAUGGAACGUGCGGAACCGAAUAGACUGGAUGAUUUUCCAAAUCGAUGCAAAAUUGUUUAAUAUUUAGAAAACUCUAGCGGGGAAACCAGUGAAAAGGGGAAGAAGGAAGGCCUUUCGCGGGAUGUCAAUGGGAGUCAAAGGGGGAUUGGGAUGAAUGGAGAGAUGGAGCAUUGCGAACACCAGUCUGGUGCCAGCUGGUGCCAAUUGCAUUUACUAGAUUAUAUGGACACACACAGUCACACUCUUGAAUGAGUCGUGAGCAUUAAAUUAUCGAAAUAGUGUCCUAUCCGGUCGUGUGCGUGUUGUGCGCAGGCGUUGUAUAGACUUAAGAGAUUGUGAACAAUGUAGGACAGGAGUAGGAAGGAGAGAGAGAGAGAGAGAGAGAGAGAGGGAAUGAGGGUUGACGGCAGAACUGAACCAAUGCGUCACACUAAGCAAGUCACAUACAUACACACACACACUCAGGUCUCGAAAGAGAGAAGGUUGGGCAAUCAAUGACCCUGUAACACUCUCUCACACACAUGCAUACACUCAUACAAGACACACUACCUCACACAAGAAUACAUAGCGAAGAGAAAGUAGCGUAGCGGAUUAGCAACUGCCGACAAAUUUUGUUCGAUCGAGCCGCCUCUCGAUCUCGAGCCACGCUGGCUGCGCGUAGAAUCAAACCAAAAUACCUCGAAUUGAAUCGUGUUUGAUCGUUGAAGGAAGGUGCGGUGGAACAUAUUGACAAACAAUAGACACAUAGGAUGGGGAACACAUGCUUUGUAAAUAGUUCUAAUUGUUAUUAGUCUGGCUUUUCCUGGUGCAGAUCGCUUUCUAGCCCCGGGUUCCUUUGUUUGCCACGUUAAACGAUCGCUUUUGCGUGCGCGCGCACGUUCGCGCUCUUUUCCUUUCGUACUUCCCUUUUCGAUCCCUCUUGUUUCUCGUCCUGUCGUAAAUAGCACCCUCGAAACAUAAUGCUAUCCUUGCAAACACUUUAUCUUAAGCAGCCCGCGCGUGGCAUCCAGCCAGUGGCAGCAGUAGGGUAGAGAAGAGUGUCCCUGGCUUUGGAACUCGCCCACAAAACACACAAAAACACACACACACACAGAAAUAUACUGUGUUAAAUCUCCUUGUACCUUAUAGCAUGCGAUGAAACGCCCUCUAGUUUAGUUCAUCAGUUCCUUAGGCGGUUCCAAAUAAACAUAAAUUUUCAGAGCAAAUUUUCCUUGCUUCACACCUAGAUAUCAUCCCAGUCGCCGUUGGAGGCGUUCGUUGUGUUUUUGUUUUCGUGUUUCACUUGGUAAGCGAUAAAAAAAAUCCCAAAAAUAAAUUCAUUUAGACCGUCAGUGGUCAGUGAAAGCAGAAUAGAUUGAUUAGAUAUCCUGCGCCGGAAGUUCCUGUGCAGCAGAAGCAGCAAGAUAAUACAAUUUAGGAGGAAAGCUUAUUUAAAAUUUCAAAACAAAUUCCCUCAACCGUACUGACCUUUAGAAAUGAGGAGAUACACACCACACUUUGUAGAGGAAGCGCAAUAUGGGGAAUGGUUGUGUGAGCGCAUUUUGAGUAAUCUUAGCGGCGCUUGUGCCGUGUCGAGUUUACUGAAGCAUGAAAAAACAUAUAUAUACAUAUAUUCGCUAUUCAAAAGAACUGACCUCUCCUACCUUUGUUGCAUAUAUAUACGUUAAUUUAUUAGUUCUCGCUUAAGAAAUGCCCGAUUCUGGCGUAGAUCCGAUUGCUUCUGUAAUCUGUAGAAGAAAAAAGCAGUCGAUGCCGAUCGGUAACAAUAUGGCAGUGGUAAAGCAUCACAGAGGCGAUGUUGCGCGAUAGGCGAUGUAGAGAAAUCGAAGUUGGUUAACGCGUAUCGAAUGCAAUGUUGCCCUUGCCCUUUCACCUUCAAUCGGAACAACAACAAAAAAGCUCCUUAUCGUAGCAUAGUAACCAUGACUCGUUCACCACGGUGAACAAGCAAACACAGAUUCGAACAUUACUAUUACGGUGCAUCCAACCAAUUGCGGGUCGGCAAUGUGAACACACAGCACACCAUGGAGCGCUGUGCGUGUGUGUUGGAAAGAAUCCAAAAAAUGAAAAAUUCACGCCUCAUUACUCAUUAUCGCUGAAUAAAGCAAUGCCAUUUGGAACAUUUUUAAAAGUGCAA